ACGCUCACAUUCAGUGGCGAGACAUCCAACCAGCCGUGUGAGGUGAGUAGGACGGGUCGACUACGGUGGAUGUUUACUUUGUCGUAAAAUCAUAACCAUAUGACACAGAAUCGCCCCAACAGACAGCAUUCAGGAACAGUAUGGCCUCUGUGGAAGUAAGUGGAGACAACUCCGGAUUUGUUGACAACUGGCAAAGUGGGAAGACCUUGGCGGAGUGUAAUCUCCACAUGUUGACCUCUGAGGAUUCUUGUGACGUCAGCUUCCUGGUUGGGAAAGAAGGGAUGCCAGUCCGAGCUCACCGAUAUGUUCUGAUGAGUCGGAGUUGUGUGUUCUACGCCAUGUUGUGUGGCCCCCUGGCGGAGAAAGAGGACAUCAAGAUCCCCGAUGUGGAGGAGGAACUAUUCUCUGAAAUGUUGAGGUACCUGUACACAGACAAGACAACCCUGACUGCUGAGAAUGUGACAGGUCUGUUGUACCUGGCCAAGAAGUACUCCGUGGGGGGUCUUGAGCGUCUGUGUGUGGCUUACCUGGAAUCGUCCCUGACGGUAGAUAACGCCUGUGUCAUCUUGGAACAAGCCCAUGUCUUUGAUGAGGAGAAGCUCUUUGACAGGGCCCUGGAGGUUGUUGUCAAACAUGGUGGUACCACUGUUAAAAGCUCUGGCUUCACAUCACUUUGUGCUUCUUGUUUUCAUAAAGUUGUAAGCGCAGAUUAUUUCUUAACAAAUGAUGAAACAAGUUUCAAUGCUGUCCUCUCGUGGGCCGAGUCAGAGUGUAAACGCCAAGGAAGGGAGAUAAGUCCGGAAAACAAACGUCUAGUUCUGGGAGAAGCAGUGUAUAAUAUUGCCUUCACCUCCAUGGACACGAAGAUGUUUGCAGAAACAGUUGUACCGUCAGGGAUAUUAUCAAGUGAUGAAAGUAACAAACUGUUGUGCUACCUGAUCUUAAAUGUUACUGAUGUGGCUCCUUUCAAAAUGAAGCCAGAGCUUCACAUGGGGGUCAAUCUGUAUGCAAGUCAAAUUCAAUCAAGAACCAGUCAACAGGAUUCUAGCAACUCAUCCGGAACCAUUCGAGAGGAUUCUAGCAUCAUCAUCUCAUGCAGCCAGGGCAUGCACCUGACUGGUGUCUGGGUAUAUGGUGACAGCAGCUGCAUAUAUAACAUUUCUCUAUAUCAAGAAGAGUCACAUAGGAGUCAGUCUCAGAAUAUGAGAUCGUGUACUACUGUUAAGACCUGGGUUCUAAGAGAAGUAUCAGCUGUGUUAGAGAGAAGUAUUCCCAACGAGGUCCAUCUGAAGCUGUCGGAGGUAUUGAUUCUAGAAAAGUCAUCCAGAUAUAAAAUUGAAAUUACAAGAGAGUCAAAUAAAAGUGGAUUCUUGGGCUCCUCCGUAUUCAAUAAUAUCACACUUGGUGAAUGCCAGAUAUCAGUUAAGGAAGAACGUGGCCCGGGUCUUAUUUCCAGACUCAUAAUGGAGGAAAUAUGAGACAACACACUGGCAUGUAAAGAGCUCCUCAAACAGUAUACAGAACAUGUGUACAUACUGUUCCACUUC